GGAAGGUUGAGUAUGCUGGAUACGGUAUUUGUAUCUGGUGCUACGGGCUAUAUAGCUCAAUAUGUUGUCAUAUACUUGCUCGAAAAGGGAUAUGAAGUAAUUGGUUCGGUCAGGUCUAAGGAAAAAGGUGAAAGAUUGGCUGGUCAACUCGAGAACAAGAGCUUUAAAUAUGUUUUAAUUCCAGAUAUUGGGGCCAAAGGUGCUUUUGAUGGUGUUUUAACUACUCAUCCUGAGAUUACAACUUUCAUUCACACCGCAUCUCCCUUUCAUUACAGUACCAACGAAAUAGAAAAGGAUUUGAUGCUUCCUGCUAUUCACGGAACUCAAAAUGCAUUACUGGCAGUAAAGACAUUUGGUUCGAAUAUAAAACGAUUCGUUCUAACUUCGUCUUAUGUUUCAAACUGCUCGUUUCUGGAUGAUAACUCUAGUAAUGUAACCGUGGACGAAACUAGCUGGAACCAGAUUACAUGGGAAGAAAGUUUAGAAAAUGCUUUCAACGGGUACUAUGGCUCUAAAAAGUUUGCUGAACAGGCUGCGUGGGAUUUCAUGAAGAAAGAGGAUCUUCCUUUCAGUUUGACUUGUGUCAAUCCUUCUUUGGUACUUGGACCGCAAGCAUUCGAUUUAUAUGCAAAGGGAACGGUUAAUACAUCGGCAGAAAUGGUCAAUGAGAUCUUAAAACUAAAUGUUGAUAGCCCUAUACCAAAAAUCAAGGGCCCUUGUAUUGAUGUUAGAGAUGUUGCUAAAGCUCACUUGGCUGCAUUCGAGAAUGAGAAUACCAAAAAUCAAAGGUUGAUUAUAUCUUAUGAAAGGUUUACCUCUCAGGGAAUCUUGGAUAUUAUUCGUGAAACUUUGCCUGAUUUAAGGAGUAGCUUACCAAUUGGAACUCCUGGUGGCCAAAUUGAAGCGUCAAGAAACACAUGUAUCAUAGAUAACUCGAGAACAAAGACUCUUUUGGGCUACAACUUUAUACCUUUGAAGAAGACUGUAACUGAAUCAAUUGAACAGGCAAUUAGAGCCAAUACAUAUACAUAAAUAGAAAUAUAUACCC